GUUUUUUGGGGCGACUAUUGUUUGCAAAGUGUUGUGUGCGUUACUUCCCCACGCCUGUGUGCUGGUUGUGUAUGUGCAGUAACGUUUGUUGCAGGGCUUCACGUUGUUCCUUGUUGCAGUACCUGGUGCCGUCUGUACGCCUCCAGCCGGCAGUUCGCUGCAGUCAAAUUCGAAACGCUACACGGCGCACACUAGAUAUCCUUGGGUUUUUGCUUUUGGUGAAUGAAUUAUUGAUUCGAGUGCGAGUUCGAUGGAGUACGUUUUUGAUGUCUUUUUCGAGGAGUGCUUCAACAAGAUGGAGCGCAGCGGACUGAAGUCGCGUGCCGGUCGGCGCGAUAUCAUCAGUCAUCUGAACUCGGUCAUAUCGGGAUGCAUCCAGGGACGGCAAACUGCCUCCACGCAGCUGGCGGUCGGUUUGGCCGUGACGUCCGCUAUCGAUUACCACAACCGGAUGAAGGGUGACAACUAUGAGGUUUGCAUGAUGGGCAAAUACCAUAACGUACUGUACAUAGCGCUGCGAAUUACCUGGGACUGGGGUUUGGAGGAUUCAAACAUAGUGCGGAAUCUGCUAGAUGAGAUUUUCAAAUGUGAGAAAACCUUUGAGCGGCUAUUUCUUGGGGCACUGUUUGGAUGCAAUGCGCCACACUUUAUUGCCGGCUGGAAGAGUGACUUCAACGAUCAGGAUGAAAACUUGCGUGCGGUAGUGUUCUUUCUGCAUCAUUCAGCAAAAGCACGUGCAUUAUAUCCGACUUAUUCGUACGCAUACCAACGUUUGCAUCAAACGAAAUUUAUCGACGUCCCGAUCGAUUCGUGCGGCAAGGCGACACCGUUGCGUGUUGCUUUACAGGCAUCCGCACCGGACAUUGUGCUUAUACUGCUGCGCCACGGUGCUAACCCGUGUCCUGAUGAUGGUGGCGCUAGUCCAGUGCUAAGCUUGCUGGAGAAACUAGCCGAGAGUGAGGACCGCUGCUAUCCGUUCCAGCUGGUGUCCUGCUUGAAGUUGCUAUUGCGCACGAUCGUUAUGGUGGAGUUACCGUACAAGCCCAAUCUGUUUGCCGCCCGGAAGGAGAUGUUUCACUGCAAGUACAUCGCCCUGUUGGAGGAUGGUUUGCUGCCAUCGGAACAGGUGUAUGGGAUACCGUCACUGAAGCAUAUCUGCCGCUGCACCAUACGGAAUGUGUUGCGGGAAAACUUUCAACUACCUGGUAGCAUUGUGAAGUUGCCGCUUCCACGUAAACUGCAGAAAUAUAUAGAUCUACUUGAUUGAA